CUACUGGCCGAACUUAUUUUUAUUCAUUUAUUUAUUUAUUAUUAUUUAUUUAUUUAUUUAUUUUUUUUGGGUAAGAUUUAUUGAAUUUCGUCUAUUUAAUUUUUGGGGCUAAUGAAUCGACGCAGACGCAACCAUUUCGACGAUUACGUCCUAAUUAAUAUCCCAAGGAAUCCCGUUAUGAAUAAUUCCGAAACAAUCAUUAAAAAGUCCUUUUUGGACUUUAUGUGGCCAAGAAUUCUGGAAGAAAAUGUUUGUGAAAUUAACAGGGAAAAUAAAACCAAAUUUUUCAUUCCCGAAGUGAAAUUUGAUAAUCUCUGGGCUCACAGUUUGCUGGCAGCGAAAUGUUAUGGAGAAUAUCGAAAACCUUUGGAAUUAGACGCUCGCAACGAGCAAGCAACUGGAGAAAAUCAAAAUGAAUUGGAAUUGGAACAGAUGCCCUAUCGUACACCAGUUCCGACAAUAAUGCCAUUAGACCAGCAAUUGGCAAACAUUGAACGGGAUAGGGAAAUACGAAAACAAUUAGCAUAUGAUUUUGUUAAUCGCACUGUUCCCUGGUAUAUACAACGUUCUGGUCCUAAGGCGAAUUUCCAAAUAUCGAAUGAAAUGAAAUCGAAAUUUUCAAAUCUUUUUGAAUUUGAGAUUUUAGAAAAUAUUCAAAAUUUCCAAUGCCAAUUGAUGAUUAUCGAUGUGGCAAUAGAUUUUGGUCUUCGCGAAGUGGGACGUUGUCUGAAAUUCUUGCCAUACGUCAAAGUUAUAGCAGUUGUUCGCAAUGCAGACCUAUGUCGUCAGUUGGUGAAUUAUAAUUGUGGAAUUGCGGUCACCAGGAUGGAAGACAAUUUGGAGAAUUCCUGGCAUGAUGAAUUAAAUCGUUCUCUCAACAUGGGCAUCCAAUUUGCUAAGGAUAAUCAUCUGUUCGAAAAUAUGGCAAAGCCUUUUGUGUUUGUAUUUGCAAAUAAUCGUAAUUUUUGUGCGUGUGAUAAAUUUAAAGUGUUGAGAGAAUUUUAAGUGUUUUUAAAAAUAAAUAUGAGAUUGAUUUAAAACUGA